GCUCUGGGAUCUUUAGUGCUUGCGGCCGCUAUCAGCAUCGCUGGAGUUCCUCAAGACUCAUCUGCGCCACCCGCCCGCCACACACUCUGCCAUCGUAAGCCGCCAUCAUGGUGAAGCUCGCUAAGGCUGGUAAAACUCAAGGUGACCCCAAAAAAAUGGCUCCUCCUCCAAAGGAGGUAGAAGAAGACAGUGAAGAUGAGGAAAUGUCAGAAGAUGAAGAAGAUGAUAGCAGUGGAGAAGAGGUUAUCAUCCCUCAGAAAAAAGGUAAAAAGGCUGCCACAACUCCAGCAAAGAAGGUGGUAGUUUCUCCAACAAAAAAGGUUGCAGUUGCCACACCUGCCAAGAAAGCAGCAGUCACCCCAGGCAAAAAGGCAGCUGCCAUACCAUCCAAGAAGACCGCUACACCAGCCAAAGCAGUCACAACACCUGGCAAGAAGGGAGCCACACCAGGCAAAGCAUUGGUAGCAACUCCUGGUAAGAAAGGAGCUGCCACUGCAGCCAAGGGGGCAAAGAAUGGCAAGAAUGCCAAGAAGGAAGACAGUGAUGAGGAGGAAGAAGAUGACAGUGAGGAAGAUGAUGAAGACGAGGAUGAAGAUGAGGAUGAAUUUGAGCCAGCAGUGAUGAAAGCAGCAGCUGCCGCCCCAGCCUCAGAGGAGGAAGAUGAGGAUGAUGAGGAGGAAGAAGAUGAGGAUGAGGAGGAAGAUGAGGAUGAGGAAGAUGAAUCUGAAGAAGAAGCUAUGGAGACCACACCAGCCAAAGGAAAGAAAGCUCCUGCAAAAGCUGCACCUGUCAAAGCCAAGACUGUGGCUGAAGAUGAAGAUGAAGAGGAUGAUGAGGAUGAGGAUGAUGAUGAGGAAGAUGAGGAUGACGACGAUGAUGACGACGAUGAGGAUGAGGAAGAUGAGGAGGAAGAAGAGCCUGUCAAAGAAGUUCCUGGAAAACGAAAGAAGGAAAUGACCAAACAGAAAGCAGCUCCUGAGGCCAAGAAACAGAAGGUGGAAGCCACAGAACCAACUACAUCCUUUCAUCUGUUUGUUGGAAACCUGAACAAUAACAAAUCUAUCCCUGAAUUAAAAACUGGUAUCAGUGAUGUUUUUGCUAAAAAUGAUCUUGCUGUCGUGGAUGUCAGAAUCGGGACAUCUAGGAAGUUUGGCUAUGUUGACUUUGAAUCUGCUGAAGAUCUAGAAAAAGCUUUGGAACUCACUGGUUUAAAAGUCUUUGGCAAUGAAAUUAAACUGGAGAAACCAAAAGGAAAAGAUAAUAAGAAAGAUCGAGAUGCAAGAACACUUUUGGCCAAAAAUCUCCCCUACAAAGUCACUCAAGAUGAAUUAAAAGAAGUAUUUGAAGAUGCCAUGGAGAUCAGAAUAAUCAGCAAAGAUGGAAAAAGUAAAGGGAUUGCCUACAUUGAAUUUAAGACAGAAGCUGAUGCAGAGAAAACCUUUGAAGAAAAGCAGGGAACAGAGAUUGAUGGGCGGUCUAUUUCUCUAUACUACACUGGAGAGAAAGGUCAAAAUCAAGACUAUAGAGGUGGAAAGAAUAGCACUUGGAGUGGUGAAUCAAAAACUCUGGUUUUGAGCAACCUCUCCUACAAUGCAACUGAAGAAACGCUUCAGGAAGUAUUUGAGAAGGCAACUUUUAUCAAAGUGCCUCAGAGCCAAAAUGGCAAAUCUAAAGGGUAUGCGUUUAUAGAAUUUGCUUCAUUUGAAGACGCUAAAGAAGCUUUAAAUUCCUGUAAUAAAAGGGAAAUUGAAGGCAGAGCAAUCAGGUUGGAGCUGCAAGGACCCAGGGGAUCACCUAAUGCAAGAAGUCCAGAGCCCUCCAAAACUCUGUUUGUCAAAGGUCUGUCUGAGGAUACCACCGAAGAGACAUUAAAGGAGUCUUUUGACGGCUCUGUUCGUGCAAGGAUAGUCACUGACCGGGAAACAGGAUCCUCCAAAGGGUUUGGUUUUGUAGACUUCAACAGUGAAGAAGAUGCCAAAGCUGCCAAGGAGGCCAUGGAAGAUGGUGAAAUUGAUGGAAACAAAGUUACCUUGGACUGGGCCAAGCCUAAGGGUGAAGGUGGCUUCGGGGGUCGAGGUGGAGGCAGAGGAGGCUUUGGAGGCCGAGGUGGAGGCAGAGGAGGCCGAGGUGGAUUUGGUGGCAGAGGCCGAGGAGGCUUUGGAGGGCGAGGUGGCUUCCGAGGAGGCAGAGGAGGAGGAGGAGACCACAAGCCACAAGGAAAGAAGACGAAGUUUGAAUAGUUUCUCUGUCCCU